AUGAACGCUCCUUUCACUGCCGUCCACUUCACGACCUAUGAAGCAGCUAAGAGAGCUCUCUUUGAGAUAUCACCGGAGAAAUCUGACGAUGGGAAGGUUAUGGUUCACGCGACUGCUGGUGCUGCCGCAGUGGCUUUAGCCGCGGUCGUUACAAGUCCACUAGACGUUGUCAAGACAAGACUUCAGUGUCAAGGCCAGGGAGUUUGUGGUUGCGACAGAUAUGCAACGAGUUCGAUAGGGAAAGUGAUAGAGAGUGUGGUGAAGAGAGAUGGUUAUGCUUUUCCAUGCUCCUGCUGCUGCUAUUUGCUGGUCCACUUAUGA